AUGAUGGUGUUUAAGGAGGCUUUCAAACGCUCAACGGAAAAGUGACUAGAGAACUUCAAAACCCCAGUGCCCAAUCCCUAAUCUUGAAACUUGAAAUUUGAAGAACGAAAUGGAUGAUUGGGAAUUGAGCGCAGAGGAAUUGGAUUUCCUUGAAAGAGAUGCCCUCAGGCAAUUGGCCGAGCGUAAUUCCUCUUCCGCUGCCGCGACAACUAGUUACAGUAACAUUAACAGUAACAGUAGCAACUCCCAUGUACCCAGCUCUCGACUGGGAAUCGUUCCGUCAUCUCGUUCCCCGGCCAAGCCCGCCUUCCUCUCCUGUCCAACUGCGACCAAUCAUACAGUUCCCAAUUCCCUUCAAUCAAUUUCCCAGAUAAAUGCUUCACCUCCUGCAUGUAGAAUGUUACCUUCAUCAGUCGCCCCGAAGUUGACUGGUUCAAUUUCCCAGAUAAAUGCUUCACCUCCUGCACGUAGAAUGUUACCUUCAUCAGUCGCCCCGAAGUUGACUGGUUAUAAUUCAUUUGCAAAUGAAGAAGAUCCGUCGAAGAAACUGCAGCCUAAGAUCACUGUUAAACUUUUUCUACACGCAAGCAGAAACAUUGCUGCGAAAUUUCCUUAUGAUCAGGUAGUUGUAGAAUGUUUCCAUAGAAUUACCAAAGCCAGCUGGUAUGCAAAAGAAAGAUUGUGGAUGUUUCCUCUGUCAUCAUUAUCUACAGCAGAAAAAGUUCUCAGUGGUGUUCCUGGAUCCAAUGUUGAGGUGGAGAACUUGGAUCCUUUGGUAAGGCGUGCUAUUGCUGCUUCCUCUGUACUUCCCGAUCUAAGAGGUAAAUUUUCAUUCAUAGAUUGCUGUUGUUCUGAUGCUUUAUUGCAGAUGAUCCAUCAGUGGCUGGAUAUACCAUCUUCAGAUAUACUCGUAGUUCUAUCUCAGUGGAGUGGGUCAAACAGAGGUGGAUUCAAUAUUAUGACGUCAAAUACCAAGAGGUCUAUCCAUCUUGAUGGUGUCUUCAACAUCAUAUCAUACGAUAUUGUACAGAAAUUACAGGAUGUUCUCAUGGCAUCAGAAUUCAAGGUAAGUAACUGCUUCAACAUUUCCUGGUUGGCUGGUCUUGUACCUGUUACAAUUAGUUUUACGUUCGUGCUCUUUCCAAGUAAUUCGUUUGACUUGACUUGGAUGAAAACAUGGAUCCUCUCUCUCUCUCUCUCUCUCUCUCUCUUACACACACACACACAUUUUCCGCGUCGUAUUAACUUUGUUCGUGAUUUAUAGAAAGCUCAGUUCGUAAUGUUGCUCAGUGGAACACCGGCUUUGUCAAGACCAAUUGAAUUAUUCAAACAGUUGGAAGCGCUGUAUCCUGAUGUAUAUAAAAAUGUUCAUGAAUAUGGAAACCGGUAUUGCAAGGGUGGCGUAUUUGGAAUCUAUCAAGGUGCAAGUAAUCACGAAGAGCUGCACAAUUUGAUGAAAGCCACAGUGAUGAUCCGGAGACUUAAAAAAGAUGUUCUCUCUGAGCUUCCUGUGAAACGCCGACAACAGGUUUUCUUGGAUCUGGGGGAAAUGGAAAUGAGACAAAUUAAUGCUCUGUUUCGUGAGCUGCAGGUAAUUAAAGGAAAAAUUAAGUCAAGCCAGUCGAAAGGAGAAGCUGAAUCACUCAAGUUCACUGAGAAGAAUCUUAUUAAUAAGAUAUAUACGGACUCUGCAGAAGCAAAGAUUCCGGCAGUUAUGGAUUACCUGGGAACUGUGAUUGAGGCCGGUUGCAAGUUUUUGAUAUUUGCGCAUCAUCAACCAAUGAUUGAUUCGAUACACCAAUUUCUUCUUAAGAAAAAAGUUGGCUGCAUAAGGAUUGAUGGCAGUACACCAGCUGCAUCAAGACAAGCACUGGUGACAGAUUUUCAGGAAAAAGAUUCUAUAAAGGCAGCAGUGUUAUCCAUCAAAGCUGGAGGCGUUGGCUUAACCUUGACAGCAGCAAGCACAGUAAUUUUUGCAGAACUAUCUUGGACCCCAGGGGACAUGAUUCAAGCAGAAGAUCGUGCUCAUAGAAUUGGCCAAGUGUCAUCGGUCAAUAUAUACUAUCUGCUGGCAAAUGACACAGUUGACGAUAUAAUAUGGGAUGUCAUUCAAAGCAAGUUGGAAAACUUGGGACAGAUGCUUGAUGGCCAUGAGAAUUCCCUACAAGUUUCAAUUGAUCCAACACAGAGCAGUCAUGCGAAACAAAGAAAAAUACAGAGCAGUCCUGCGAAGCAAACAACUCUGGACUCCUUCUUGAAGCCAUGUAGAAACUCCUGCUCGGAUGAUGAACCUAAGUCUAAAUACCAAAGACAUUGACAUACCGAGAACAAUGUCAUUCUAUGUUCGUCUGUAGAUGCGAAAAAACUUGAAUAUCAUAGUGUAAUUCUUCACCUGAACAGCCCGGGACAUUUUCAUAAAGCAACAUUGACAUCCUAUUUCAACGUUUAUGAUAAAUUUGGAAGUUAUUUGUUGUUUCUUCGAGCCCCAUGUAAUCCAUUUGGUCUAGGCCUCACUCAUGAUGGGACGAUCUAACUUAGUCCACCUAUUUUGACACCUUUGAUUUUCAAUUGAGGAUUUGCAGGUGUGCUUUUCA